AUGGCGGCCGGCCGCUCACCGCCGCUCACCGGCCGCCGCCGCCGCCGCGGGCGCGGCUGGAGCGCUCCGAGGAAGGCCCCGCCUCAGACCCAGCCUCCGCGCUCCCCGUCCCCUUCGGCGCCGCCCCUCCUGCCUCCCGGCACCGACGUCGAGGUCCGCCUCGACGGCGACGGGUACUACGGCACCUGGUACGCGGCCAACGUCGUCAGCUUCGCCUCCGCCCGCGGUGACGGCCUCCCAGCGGAGUACACCGUCUCGUACGCGGACCUCCAAGACGACAAUGGCGGCGGCGCCCUCGAGGAGUCGUUCGCCCCUACCCAUGUCCGGCCGCGGCCCCCGCCCCCGGACCCGGAGUCCCCGCCGCCGCGAUUCCUCCCCCACGACGCCGUCGAGGCCUUCCACAACUGCGGCUGGUGGUCCGGCAUCGUCCUCUCCGCCUCCCCCGCCGCCGUCGCCGUCGCGUUCCCCAUCUCCCGCGAGGUAAUCCAGUUCUCGCCCAGCCUCGUCCGGCCCCGCCGCGACUACGUUGGCGGCGGUGAGUGGAUCCCGUCGCGGUCCGUCAUCACCGUCCGGCCAGAGGGCGAGGUUAGGGUGUACCAGGCCGGCGAGAAGGUCGAGGUGGGGAGGGUCCAGGAGGUGUACGGCUACUCCUGGUUCCCCGCGACGGUGGCGAAGGUAAUCGAUGACCUCAGCUAUGUCGUUGAGUACUCCAAUCUGGAAGAGGAAGGGGGCGGCGGAGCCGAGAAGGCGACGGAGUACCUGCAUUGGCAGUUUAUCCGGCCGGCCGUGGAGCACUCACCACAGGAGAGCGAGUUCUGGCUGGGGCCUGGCGCUGCCGUGGAGGCGUAUUGUGAUGGGGCGUGGUCAGCAGCAUUGGUGCGCAAGGUUGUCGGGGAUGGUGAGUUUAAGGUCAGUAUCAAUGGCAGCAAAGCCAGGAAGCUGGUGACCAAGGUGGUAGAGUUUCUGAAGCCGCACUACAGCUGGGAUGAUGGCAAGCAUUGGAGCAUUGUGAGUGCUAAGAGACAGGCUAAUUCCAGGUGGUCGUCUGCAUCUGGAAAACGUACAAGGUCAAAUAAUGUGACAUUCAGUGAUGAUGAACAUUGUCGUGAUCCUGAGUAUUCUGGGGCCAAAAAGUCGAGGAAAGAAUUGCAGCCAAAGGUGGCCGUAUUAGCUGAAGAUUCUGAACAUGCUUCACUUUCUAUGAUGGGCACUCCCUUAUCUGCAGUGGAAGACUCUCCGGGCACUCAACAGCCCCAAAAACUGAUGCCUUUGACAAUGUGCAAAAUCAGCCAGAGAGAAAAAGUAUUCAACUUUGUAAGGUUUACACUUCAAAGAAAAUUCGAGAGUACAAAAUCCACUCAGCAGCUACUUGACAGUACUGAAGGUACAAUAAACACAGAUGAAGUGACAUAUCAAGAACCUUUAGUAUUGGUUCCUUUGAGCUUUGAGUCAGAUUCCAAUGAUAUUGAUGUACAAGGUAGUAAGCUCGACGAAGGGCUGACUUCUCCCAGCAGUGGCUGUCAAAAAACUAGAGAUGCUGAUGCGCUUAGGAACAAAACUGGUACCCAAGUUCCAUUCGUCAAGACCUCACACUUCUGGUCUGAAAUUGAUGAAAGCGAUGUGUUCAAGGAGUUUCCGCAGCAGCCACAUUUUCUUCCACUUCAGCAAUAUUUACCUGGACUACGAGAAGGAAAGGCUCUUGGUCUGAUGGUGUCAUUCGACCUCUUUGUGAAAAGUAUAAGGAAAUCAAGCAUAGCAGACAAUGAAGGAUCAUUUGAAGAGGCAAAAGGCAUACUUGCUGAACUAAAGACUAACGGAUUUGACGUUCAGUAUUUUGAAACAUUGCUGGAUAAAGCGAUUAAGGUGAAAUUUGAAUACACUAAACAUCUUGAAGAGAAAUCCGCAGUUGAAGCACAGAAGCUUGGAGCAAUAAGUUCCCUGUCAAAAAACGAUUCAUUACUUUGUGAAGUUGAUCAAGCGAUGGCUGAGCUUGAAGAGAAACUUGAGCACCUUCGCCAGAAAGGACAACUGAUUGAGAAGGCUAAAGAAGAUGAUGAGGAAAAACUCUCCAAACUGAGCGUGGUGGAAAGCAGUGUCCAGAAAGCGCUUGAUGCUGACAAACAACAGUUUCAAAGAAUCUUUGCUGGUAUGCUACAGAAGCAGCUAACUUGA